AGUUGUUCUACAAUAUAAAUAUGAUGCUAAUGCCCAGUACUCUAUAGUUGUGAUAGCACUUUAUCCAGUUCAGUAGUAGUAUUCUACCAAAGUGUAACCAGCACAAGCCGGUAUGAUUAAGGUACUAUUUCUUCUUAGCUGUUUGGCUUUGGUCACAUUAGCAGAGCCACCAGUGAAUGGCUACCUACCUCCUUCCUCAAAGUAUGGAGCACCAUCGAAUGGCAAUGGGCUGUCUUCCCAAUAUGGUGCACCAGCCAAUGGUAAUGGUGUAUCAAGCCAGUAUGGCACUCCCACCAAUGGUAAUGGUUUGUCAAGUCAGUAUGGGGCACCAACCAAUGGCAAUGGUUAUGGCUCCAAAAUAACAUCAGCAGCAUAUAGCAAUGGUCUCAGCAAUGGCAAUGGAAAGAACGGCUACAGCAAUGGCAAUGGGAAGAAUGGGUACAGCAAUGGAAAUGGAAAUGGCUACACCAAUGGAAAUGGAAAUGGCUACAGCAACGGAAAUGGAAAGAACGGCUACAGCAAUGGAAAUGGUAAUGGCUACAACAAUGGAAAUGGGAAUGGCUACACCAAUGGGAAUGGAAAUGGCUACAGUUCAGGAAAUGGAAAUGGGUACACCAAUGGGAAUGGAAAUGGCUACAGUUCAGGAAAUGGAUACAGCAAUGGAAAUGAAAAUGGAUUCGGCAAUGGAAAUGGAAAUGGCUACAGUUCAGGAAGUGGAUACAGCAACAGUAAUGGCAAUGGUUAUGGCAGCAGUGGAAGUGGCUAUGAUGACCAAUCAGAACCUGCAAACUAUGAAUUCUCUUACGAUGUGAAUGCACCCGAAUAUGGUGUUGAGUUUGGUCAUCAGGAGAGCCGUCAAGAUGAUUUUGCCAAAGGAUCCUACUACGUCCUGCUGCCUGAUGGCAGGAAACAACUGGUUGAGUACACGGCUGACCAGGAAGGAUACAAACCAACAGUCACCUAUCAAGAAGCAAGUGGCAACGGCAAUGGCUAUUCUAAUGGAAAUGGAAAUGGUUACUCCAAUGGAAAUGGCAAUGGUUACUCCAAUGGAAAUGGCAAUGGUUACUCCAAUGGAAACGGCAAUGGUUACUCCAAUGGAAAUGGCAAUGGUUACUCCAAUGGAAAUGGCAAUGGUUACUCCAAUGGGAACGGCAAUGGUUACUCCAAUGGAAAUGGCAAUGGUUACUCCAAUGGAAACGGUAAUGGCUACUCCAAUGGAAACGGUAAUGGUAAUGGAAAUGGCAAUGGUUACUCCAAUGGAAACGGUAAUGGUAAUGGAAAUGGCAACGGUUACUCCAAUGGGAACAGUAAUGGUGGAUACCAAUACAAGAGAUAACUAUUCAAUCAACUAUAGAAAUCAACUCAAUAUUAUAAUGGAUCUCUGAAGAAUGAUAUACUGAUGACUACUUCUAAGAUGUCAUGUUAUGUAUAUAGCUAUGGUUUUUUAUUUAUUUAAGAAAUUUAUGCAUUUUUGUAAAAUGUGAACAUGUAAAUAAGCUUUUAUAAGAGAAUAUUUUUGUAUUUGUGAAUAAAACUUUGCUCAGUCAUUAAAAA